UCAAUUUUUAAUUAAAUUUCAUGUUCCUAAGACCCAAAGUCAAAAUGGUGUACACACUGUUAAAUUAGGGAAAUCAUUUGAAGUUUUAACUUAUUGUUCAAUUUCUCUUGAUUAUUGCAAACAUGAUUAAUUUUAAAGACACCAAAAAUAAAUCUGCUCUAAGUACAAGAUGGGCGCAAAUGUCGAAACAAGAACAAAUCAUCGAAAAAAAGAAAAUGGAAAUUCAAGCCAAGCUACAGGCCCAAAAGCAAGCUGCUGCUUUAGCGGCUCAGGCUAAACUAUCUAAUCCCCCUGUGACAGAUGAGAAAGGAUCACCAAAUAUUUUCUCAAAUGAUGGUAGUUUCAUGAGCCAAUAUAAAGCUCUCCUUGAAAAGCAAAGUAAAGAAAAGCAAGAAAAAGAAGCAAAAGAAAAAAAGGAAAUUGAAGAAAGUCAAAAGAAUAGUAAUGAAAAUAAGGAUACAUCAGAAACAAAUCCUAUACAAGAAGAAAGUGAUGCAAUUGAUGGUUUUGAUCAACACAAUCAUAAUAUGAAUGAAAGAAGGCCAGAUAGAGGAAACAGGGACCGGCACAGGCGAUGGAAUGACAGAGGUCGUACCCGAGCCCACAGCCCCAUGACUCCAGUUAUAGAAGAUAGAAAGAAAAUGACUGAUACUAUAAAUAUCCCACCUUUAAUGCAACUUAGUGUGCAACCUCCUGAUGAUCAAUCUCCACCACCCAAUUCUCAUAACAAUCGUUGGGAUUCUCGUGAUGGUCCUUCUCCUAAUGAGGAAUUUGACAUAGAAAGUCAGCAAGACAGUUCUCUUGACCAAUGUCCUGAUUCACUUCCAAUGGGAUCAGGCCCAAUGGUGUCUGGCCCAGGGCCAAUGGGACCAGGGCCAAUGGGCUUCGGACCAAUGGGUCCUGGACCAUUAAUGCCGAACUCUAUAGGUUCAGGUCCCAUGGUUGGCGGUCCGAUGGGACCCGGUGCAAUGGGCCCAAGAUCAAUGGGGCCCGGUCCUAUGGGUCCUGGGCCGAUGGUCACUGGCCCGAUGGGACCAGGGCCAAUGGGACCUGGUCCAAUGGGUCCUGGACCCAUGAGACCAGGGCCUAUGGGUCCUGGACCGAUGGGACCCGGACCGAUGGGUUCUGGACCAAUGGGACCCGGGCCAAUGGGUCCCGGACCAAUGGGGCCUGGUCCAAUGAAUCCCAGAAACAUGGGUCCUGGCCCCAAUAUGCCUUCAGGUCCAAAUAUGGGUCAAGGAUCUAAUUCAGGACCUAAUGGGGGUCCUAUGAUGGGACCUAGGGGACCUAAUAUGCCACCAAUACCCCCAUUUAUGGGUGGUCCUCCGAAUUUUCCAAUGCCUCCGAAUUUCAUGGGUCCUAGUGGACCAGGAGGCCCUUGUGGUCCUGGUCCGAUGCCACCAAACAUGUGCCGUCCUAAUAUGCGAGCACCUGGACCAAAUGGUCCAAUGCCACCAUUUUUUCCUUUUCCUAAUUCUCAAAUGCCUGGCCCUAAUGGCCCACCCAAUUCAAUGAACUCUCCUUUUGGGCCUAAUGGUCCCAACUUUGGCCCGCAACCCCCGUUUGGCCCUAAUGGCCCAAAUUUUGGACCAAAUAAUAAUGGCCCACCGAUAGGGCCUCCUAAUAUGCAUUUUAUGCAACAAAAUUCUUUACCCCCUAAUUCUAUGACCGAAUCAAAACCUUUGGAUAAUAUACCUCCACCUGAACCAAUGAAACUUCAGAACAUUCCACCUCCACUAUCAAUGUCCCUCAGUCACAUCCCUAAACCAAAUGAUGUGGAACCAGGACACAUACCGGCACCACCGCAUUCUAUGCAAGUUCUCUCUGCAGAUUCGUUCCCGCCGUCAGUUCAGCGAGCCGCCGCCGAGGUCGCAACCAACGGCGACCACUGGGAAAAUGUCCUGAAAGCAAUACACUCACAAGACCAAAAUAUGUGGUUUCUGCAUAAUACGAACUCGAAUGAGUAUAAGGCGUAUAGGGAUCUCGUGAUAAAGAUACGGUGCGAAGGCCCGGGUGACAGAAAACCUGAGAUCAAGCCCGAAGACAAAUACGAGCCUGAAUUCUCCUUAGAAGACGACGAUAGCAGCGACAACAAAUAUAUAAAGGAGGAAAUGAAAGACAAUUAUGAUGUAUAUUCAAAUCAAUACUCGAGUAAUGUUAAAAGGGAACAGACCAGCUCUCAGAGCGACGAUGAUUCUGACCCUAGAAAGGAGCGUCGUAAGAGGAAGAAGUCACGUUGGGGAGAUGACCCGCCAGUAGAUAUAAAACCACCGGGCGUGGCCACACCAUUACCAAAUUCCCUUCCAGGUGCAAAAUUAUCAAAGAUAGACGAAGAAGGCUUAAAGCUUACAAAUGUCAAUCGUAAUAAUCAAGCGUUAAUGCAAUAUGCAAUGACUAACUAUGGUACUACUAACCUAAGUGUGGAGGAUUGGAAAAAAUGUGAAGAUAAUUUCAAACUCAAUUUACUGUACCAGGAUAUGUUAAAAAAAAGGCAAGAAGUAGAGCGUUUGGCGGCCGCUGGCAAACACAAGUACGAGUAUGACAGUGAUGAAGAUACCUCAGAGGGAACAUGGGAGCACAGAUUGCGUGCCAAAGAAAUGAAUGCCACGGAGAGGUGGGCAACUGAACUUACAAAGCAAGCUGCAGGUAAACAUCAUAUUGGUGACUUUCUUCCACCCGAAGAACUAAAAAAAUUCAUGGAAAAAUAUUCAGCAGUUAAAAGUGGCAAAGAGCCAGACUUGAGUGAUUACAAGGAAUACAAGCUUAAGGAAGAUAAUGUUGGUUUCAAAAUGCUGCAGAAACUUGGUUGGAAUGAGGGUCAGGGUCUCGGUGCUGAAGGGACUGGUAUUGUUGAUCCGAUAAAUAAGGCUAACCAGCCUGUAGCUAACUUAGGAUUAGGCGCAUCGACAUCGGACGUGGUGUGUCCUGAAGACGAUGAGUUUGAUGCGUACAGGAAGCGAAUGAUGCUCGCAUACCGCUUUAGGCCUAAUCCUUUGAACAAUCCACGCCGACCUUAUUAUUAAGAAAGAAAAAAGCAAGGACUUAUAUGGGAAAUAGAAAUAAAAGUACAGUUUUGAAGUGUUGAAUUUAUAAUUAUAUAAAUGUUUAAACAUAGCAUAUUUAAGAUAAUACACAAU